AAUAUUGCUAAUAAGCUAAUAAGUAUGCAAGAUCCUAAGCUUCUCAUUUGGUUAAGUGAAUCAAAAUUCAGCAGUAGUGAUGAAAGUGAAUCUAGUAGCUGGAGUGAUGGUAGCAUUGUUGGGGUUGAAUCAGAAGAAUAUCAAGAAGAUUAUAACGAUGAUCAGCUAUUUUUUCCUUUAAUGCAAUAUUUGAUAAGACGAAGAAGAAAAAGAGCAGAUGAUUAUUUGCAUAUUAUAGAUUCAUGGAGUGAUAUAGAAUUUAAAAGUCGCAUGAGGAUAUCAAGAAAAACUGCUCUAAAGCUUAUUGAUGAUCUUGGGAAAUCUGGAUUCAUAGCAUCUCACAAAUUUGGACUGAAACCACUGGAACCCAAACUAUGUUUUUACAUAUUUUUAUCAUUUAUUGGUACCACCGAACCAUUAACACCUAUAGCAAGCAGAUUUGAUAUAUCUAUAUCGUCAACCUUUCGUGUAUUAAGGAGAGUUAUUGCAUGGAUAUUGACUAAAUUAGAUGAUGCUGUAAAAUGGCCUCAAGAAUUCAAUGAAAUAAAAUCGGUAUGUGAUACCUUUGAAAUAAAAACAGGAAUUUCAAAUAUAAUAGGAGUCAUUGACGCGUCUCAUAUAAAAAUCGAGAAACCAAAAAAUGCUCGGGACAAUGCAAUAAAAAGGGAUAUUAUUCAAUAAUCCUACAAGCCACCGUAGAUUCAAAUAUGAAAUUCACAAACAUAUUUUGUGGAGAACCUGGCUCUUCUAAUUGUUCUCGCGUGUUGAAAAAAUCUCCUUUGUACAAUACUGCAAUGCAAAACCGAAAUGCCUUGUUUCCACAUAAUACGUUUCUAGUAGGUCAUUCGAGUUACCCAUCACUGCCAUGGUUAAUCCCACCGUUUAGAGAGAACAAGAAACUUACGGCAC